AUGUUGCAUGAAUAUGGUUAUGAACCUCAUGAGGUUGCACAUGCUUUAGAAAGGGGUGACGAUGUUAAUGAAAUUGAAGAUCACUUGGAAGCAAACUUAGAAGGGGAUGUGAUACCUGAACUUGUGCCAUCAGCGCAAGGGGAAGUUGCUAUACAAGAUUUAGAUGCUAAUGCUUGGGUUAGUGAAGAUUAUGAGGAAACUGAUGGGGAUGAUGAAUACAUUGAAGAAACACAAGUUGUUGGGAGGCCUAGGAAAAGGAAGAUUUCUGAGAGAAUUUUGAAGAUCAAGAUGAAGAAAGCAGUUUAUGAUAAGGAUGGAGGGGGUUCUAGUAUCGAGAAACACGUUAAUUUGGAGUAG